CCGCCGCUGCGGGGGCCGCCGUUCGCUCGGCUCGGCGCCGCUCUCCUCUGCCCUGAGUCGGGGCUUGCUCUGCCAGUGGGAAAAUGGCGACGGAGGGAGCGAGAGGGGAGCCCGGCUCCGGCGGUCGUGAGGAUCCGACGGCAGCGAAAAGAGAGUUCGAUGUGGACAGUCUCAGCAAAUCAGAAUUGAGGAUGCUUCUGAGUAUUUUAGAAGGGGAGUUGGAAGCACGAGAUCUUGUGAUUGAAGCUUUGAGGGCACGGAGGAAGGAGGUUUUUAUCCAGGAACGGUACGGCAGAUUUAAUCUUAGUGACCCAUUUUUGGCUCUGCAGCGAGAUUAUGAAGCAGGGGCUGGUGCUAAAGAGAAGAAGUCCAUCUGUACCAAUCCACUCUCUAUUUUGGAAGCUAUUAUGGCGCACUGCAGAAAAAUGCAAGAAAGGAUGGCAGCUCAGUUGGUUACUGCAGAAAAUAGGCAAAAGAAGUUGGAAAUGGAGAAAUUGCAGUUACAAGCACUUGAGAUGGAACACAAGAAGCUCUGUGCUCAGCUGGAGGAGGAGCGUGGCAAGAACAAGCACGUUGUAUUAAUGCUAGUGAAAGAAUGCAAACAAUUAUCCAGCAAAAUGGUAGAAGAGGCCCAGAAGUUAGAAGAAGUCAUGGCCAAAUUUGAGGAAGAGAAAAAGAAAGCCCGGGAGCUGGAGGAAUCUCUUGCCAUGGAGAAACAACGGAGCACGCAGAUGGAAGCCCAGAUGGAAAAGCAGCUCUCUGAGUUUGACACAGAACGGGAGCAGCUGCACUCCCGCCUUAGCAGAGAAGAAGCUCACACGAGUGACCUCAAAGAAGAGAGGGAGAGGAUGAGGAAGACAAUUGAGCAGCUGAAUAAGGAAAGUGAUGCGAAACUCCACCUUUCGCUUCCACGGAGGACUAAAGAGAGAGGCUUCGUUUCUGUCUCCAUUGGAACAGAGGGACCAAUUUUGAGGACGCUUUCCUGCCAGACAGAUGCAGUGUUAAUAGACAGUGGAAUUGAAAGUGUUAGAAAGUUGCCUUUAACAGUACCCAUAAAGCCUUCAACCAUCCACCCUUUGCUUUCGGGGCACACAAAAGUGAAUGUAUCCUCCAAUGCAGCAUUUGUGAAGCCCAUCAUUGACAGGCAUUCUUCCUGCAGUGACCUGCUCCUAUCCCCCGUAACUUCUAGCCUAUCUCAUGGUCAAACCCGAAUUGAGGAGAAUGGACCAAUGGCUUCGCCCGACUUAGCAAGUCUGCCUUCCCCAUUUCUGGAUCACGUUGCAUCCACUCCCAGUGUUGCACCUCAAAGCUACCUGCAAGCAUCAUCUGUUCCUUCUCCACAUUCUCCGUCCACCAGCGCUACUGGGCAUCAAGGUCUGAACCCACGGGUCCAGGCUGCCAGAUUUCGAUUUCAAACCAAUGCUAAUGAUCAAGACCAAAAUGGAAACACGACUCAAAGCCCUACAUCAAGAGAUGCCUCACCCACAAGUCGAGACAACCUAGUUGCCAAGCAGCUGGCUCGGAAUACAGUCACCCAAGUCCUUUCAAGAUUCACUAGUCCUCAGGGUGUGGCACCUGGACGUCCAGGAAUGUCACAUUCAAUAGAUGUUGGCACUUAUCCUCCCCCAGUUAGUAGAAUGAGUUUAAAGACUCCCAGUGUUUCAAGGAUUGACAGAGGAAACCCCCCGCCUAUUCCUCCCAAAAAGCCAGGCCUUUCACAGACUCCUUCUCCGCCGCACCCACAGCUUAAAGUAAUUAACCCUAAUGUAGGUGCCAAAACUGAGGGCAAAAUCCUGGUUUCACCUUCUUCCUGUUCACCUCAAGGAAUCAGGGUAAUAAAUGAAGAGGUUAUGUCUAGGUCCUCGCCACAGCUGCCACCAAAACCAACAAUAGAUUUAUCUGUGGCAUCUGCAGGCUGUGCCAUACCAUCCAUGGACAUGCCUCAGGUGGGUGCCUGGCCUUCCCAGUCCCCUGGACUGAGCCAACCUGCAUGUUCCGAAAGCUCCUUUGUCAUUCCCACCACCAUUGCCUGUAGUUCUUCCAUAAACCCUCUUAGUGCUUCAUCCUGUAGACCAUGUGAUUCAGACAGCCUCCUGGUAACAGCAUCAGGCUGGUCUUCCUCCCUAACCCCUUUAUUAAUGAGUGGUGGUCCUGUUCCCCUGGGUGGCAGGCCCACCCUUCUUCACCAAGCUGCUGCCCAGGGAAAUGUCACUUUAUUGUCAAUGCUGCUUAAUGAAGAAGGUCUGAACAUUAAUGAUUCCUGUGAAGAUGGCUGUUCUGCCUUGUAUUCUGCUGCUAGGAAUGGACAUACAGAUUGCGUGAGAUUGCUGCUGACUUCAGAAGCACAAGUUGACCUUAUUGAUAAAAACGGCUUUACUCCCUUGUGUUCAGCAGUCGCUCAGGGACAUUGCAAAUCUGCAGAAUUAUUAAUCAUGUAUCAUGCCAACGUUAAUCAUGCUGCUGAAAGAGGAGAGACUCCUUUACAUUUGGCCUGUGGAAAUGGAAAUAUUGAAUGUGUCAAACUCUUGCUGGAAGCUGGAGCAGAUAGAAGUGCAAAUACCCAUGACGGCUGGACUCCAUUUCAUGCUGCUGUUGAUGCUGAUAAUGUUGACUGCCUAAAGUUUUUGAUGUAUUAUGGAAAGUCAAGAGGUGGAAGCUUUGUGAAUGAAGUAGAUGCUAAUGAGUACAUCUGUAACUUAGAGAGUGAAGUAGACAUCUUUAGCCAUAAAGCAAAGCCCGUUGUUUCUGCAGAUCUCAUCAACCGUGUGAACAAAGAUGGCUGGACUGCAGCCCACAUAGCAGCAUCAAAAGGCUUUAAGAGCUGCCUAGAAGUCUUAUGUAGCCAUGAGGGUCUGGAGGCUGAAAGAAAAGAUAAGUGCAACCGAACGCUACAUGAUGUUGCUACUGAUGAUUGUAAACAUCUUCUAGAGAACUUGAAUGCUUUUAAAAUCCCUUUACGGAUUGCCGUUACCCAGAUCGAGCAAGCUUGCUAUGGUACAGAUGAUCUUGAAAUGGAAAAUAUUGUAUGCAUGUUAAAUAUACGGAAACAGACAACCUGGGAUGAUUUUUCAAAAGGGGUGACUCAGGCAGUGACAAACCAUUUCCAAGCAAUCACCUCUGAUGAGUGGAGAAGCCUGGAAGACCUGACAGUUAAUAAGACCACAGACUUCAGCAUCGGCCUCACUGCAAGCAGUAUAUUAUCCAUCAAACUGGGCAAUGUUUCAUGGUCAGUGGGUCAGACUUUUCACCAGCCGCCUUGGGAAUUUUUGAAAAGAAAUGAGGUGGAACGUAUAAUCAUAUUUUUACUUGGUCCCCAAGAAGGAUGUCUGCACAGUGUGACUUAUGCAUCUAUGAUCCAUCUUCAAACUUUACAGAAUUAUCUCAGGCUGGUGGAGCAGUAUCGCAAUAUUAUCUUUCAUGGUCCAGAAGGAAGUUUGCAAGAUUAUGUGGCUUAUCAGAUAGCCCUCUGUCUGAAGCACAAGCAACUGGCUGCAGGAUUCUGCUCUGAUAUAGUCCAAGUGAAGAUAGAUGCUGAUUUAUCCAAGGAGCAACUUGCAGAAGUAUUCAUCAACAGCGGUUGCUUGAUUCCAGUGAAACAGCCUUCAGUAAGCAACAGAAUCAUCAUCAUCUUAGAAAAUUUAGAAAAGGCCUCAUUAUCAGAAUUACUCGGGGAGUUUCUUCAACCCCUUGAAAAUCGUGGCUUGGAUAACCUUUACACUAUAAAAAAAGCCAAUGGAGUAUCAUAUGCGUAUUACUUCCAUGAGAACUGUUUUCUUAUGGGGACCAUUGCAAAGUCUCGGCUUCAGGGCUCUGACCUGAUGAUUCAGCAACAUUUCCUCUGGGUUCAGCUAAGAUGGGAUGGAGAACCAAUACAUGGCCUCCUGCAAAGAUUCUUGCGAAGGAAGGUUUUAAGCAAGUUCAGGGGACAAAUGCCGCCUCCAUCUGAUCCAGUGUGCAAGAUGGUUGAGUGGAUUCUUGCAGUUUGGGAUCAACUGAACUCAUGUUUAUCACGGCUUGGUGCACCUGAAGCUCUUGUUGGGCCCAGGCAUUUUCUUUCUUGUCCAGUGGUGCCUGGUCACAGUCACGCAACAGUGAAAUGGAUGUCAAAAUUGUGGAAUGCUGUCAUUGCUCCCCUUGUUCAAGAAGCAAUUCUCUCCCGAGCUUCUCUGAAAAGAGCACCCAUGUUUGGACAAAUGGCAGUCAAAAAAAGUCCAAGCCAAGGGCAGCAAGCAGUGGUGAAAGCUGCACUCAGUAUCCUGUUAAAUAAAGCAGUUCUGCAUGGAUGUCCUCUUCCCAGAGCAGAAAUGGAUCGGUACAUUGCAGAUUUUAAAGGAGGAAGCUUUCCUCUCUCCAUGGUGUCAAACUACAAGAAUUGCCCCAAGAAAAAAGAAGAAAAUGCUGCUUGGAGAAAAGCAAGCACAAGUCCACGUAAGAAGUCGAACCACGCAUCAGCCCAGUCCUGGAGUAAGGCAGAGGGAAAUGCAGAAGGUAUUAAGUCAAAUAAUAUAUUGAAGGAAACUGAGAAUAAAAUGGCUUCCUUAGAGAAAAAGUCUCUGGAAGAUGAUCCCUUCAGUGUGUUAAACCUGGAACAGAGACUAUCCGUUGGUUCAGAUGAUGAAGUGGACCUUCUGCAGGAACUUCAGAGUAUUUGUUUAAGCAAAUCAGAAUCUGACAUCAGUAAGAUAAUAGACUCAAAGGACGAGUUGCUUCUGACAAUCAGCACUCCUCAGAAGGAUCCGGUGUUUUCGGCAAACGUCAUGAAUGCAGCCACAUCAGCAUCGCAGCAGAGGGCAGAAGGAGACAAGAGGAGCAUCCAGUUUAGAAGUGUUUGCAAAAAACAAAAAAACCUCUGAAAGGCUGAGGCCCUUGUGAUCUUCCCAUUCCUGAGCAACAGCAGGAGAAAUGGAGGAGAGAAGGGCUGCAAUUAGAAAGGCAAGCAAUCUUCAGGAAUUUUCAGCAAUGGCUGAGCUGGUGGUUGAAUUCUGGAAGUUUAUGUUAUUGAUUUGUCUAUUUACUUACUUAGCUUGCAAGCUGCUUUGGUUGCAAAUAACUCUAAGCAGCAAGUACUCCCAUGCAAUGAAAGGAUGAAAACAAGAGUAAUAUUUCUAUAAUGCAAGAACCCAAUGGUAUCAUUCCCAUCUCACCACAUAGAGGCAUACAGUUCCCAAACAACAUAUUCUGUUGUUUCCUGUGGUGGAGAGACGCCAUCUCUCAAGUCAGUUCCUAAGGAUUUCUGGAAUAGCCAGGUCAGGGGACUUUUCUACACCCUGCAGGCUGGGUGGUGAUGUCAUCUCACAGUUCCAAAGGUACCAAUGGAAAAGUAGGGAUUCCCUUCCUGCAAAUCAGCAUGUCAGUGGCUAGGAAGCUGAUUGUUAUUGGAUGGGGGAAGGAUUCCUUUUAAUUCUUUCUAUUCCACUUCUGUAUUGUUUGUGAGCUGCUGAGAGCCUUUGGGAAUCAAGCAGCAUAUACAUUAGACAGGUAGAGAUUGUUGGGACAGGAAGUCCUACACGGGUCCUUAGCCAUGUGGGACUUUAAAGAUGACAGCGAGCACUCUGAAUUGCACUAAGAAGCCAACUGCCCUUUAGUACAGCUCCAGAUAAAAUGCGAAGCAUCUGUGACUACUGGACCAAUUAUAGCUUCUUAGCAGUCUUCAAGGGCAGCCCCAUGUACAAUGCAUUGCAAUAAUCUGAGAGGUGAUCAAGGCAUGAGUGACUGCAAGCAGAGUCUUCUGAUGCAGCGCUGGUCAUAACUGGUGGGAGUAAUGCAAAGGCCCUACUGGCUCCAGUUGUACCUGCUCCUCAGGGCUAGAGCUGUGAGUCCAGAAGGAAUGUGCAGGUCAGGGAAAUCUGUAGCAUCUGACUGGAGAGUGAUUUUCUAGAAUUUUUGACAGAAUUGCCUGCUGUCUUUUUUUUUUUAAUCUCUCUCUCUCUCUCCCUUUAAACUGAAGAAAUUAGAGCUUGACAACAGAAUCCUUUACAUACAAAGAAAAUUCCUCAGGGAUAGCCACAAUACUCCAAUCACUGCUGCUUAUCUCAAGAAAAUAGAAUAUUUGUGUUCAGUUUGGGGAAAAGGUGUGCUCCCAAUGCAAUAUCUGAAAGAUUUCUUGCCCUAACAACAUGAGAUUGAUGUAAUUUCAUAUUUAACUUACAGUUGUCAUGAUCUCAUAAUAAUGAGGUGACAACUAUAUAAAUUUUGUUUAUAUUUAAUUACUACUGCAGUAGUGCUUCUGACUACUAUAGAUCAAAAUUAGUUUCUAAACAACAGUAAUAUAAUAAUGUGAGAAAACUGGUGAACCAUGUCUUGCCUUCUCUCUAAAUCUAUCUUUACAAUGGCUUGACUUGUUUAAAAGGAAAUAAAUAAAAUCUGCCUCAGUCAUAUCCAGAAUUGUGCUCUGUGGCAAAGAAAUCUCAGCAGCAUUUAGCAGCUUUCAGCUUCUCCUUGUGAAGGUCAUGCAUUUAUUAGCAGGUUCCUGUAUCCAAAUUAGAAAGCUGCAGGCGAGCUUUGAAAGAAUCACAGAUAUAGAAAGCAGAUGGCUGUACCUAGUUAUGUCUUCCAUCUUGCUUCUCAAAACAUAUUCGGUACUCACAAGAUGGCAAAAGAGGAGAAGAAGAGACAUCUUUUCAAAAAUAGAAAUAGGAAUAUUAUCCUCAUUUCUAAACUUCUAGGUACGGUGGAAAGGGGAAUCGACAUUGCCAAAAAUCAGUCAGCAGAAAUCCUGUUCAUUUUCUAAUCAUUUCCAUAUAGAGCCAAGCAAAAUGUAUUGCAAUUCUUUAAAGCACAGGUUUAAAGAACUUAUGCCUCCUAGAUGUUGCUGGACUACAACUCCCAUCAAAUCAUGUAAGUUAGAAUAUAAUGUACAGUUCAACUUGACUCAUUGCUGCCAUUCAUGUUUUCCUAUAAUUCCUUUUUCCAUAGUGUUGCUACCAUUGGUAGUAGUGGUAACAUGACAAGCAUUAUAAUACAAAGACAUUAAGGUGGACUGUGAAGUAUGGAGUGGGAGAAGAAGAAACGUGAUUUGAGCUGCCAUAAAAGUCUUGCCCACAUGGCACUAACCUGUUGGAUCCCUAUUGUCACUUCCCUCACAAUCACAAAACUCAAAGUCUUAUAACUCUUAAGUUAUAAGACAAUGUGAAUUUCAGUCCGUUUAUCCACAUUCUUUCCUAUUACAUGUUCUAUACCUGGUAGCUUUUUAUCCAUAUUAAACCUUUCCCUUAGCUGUGUGUAUGAAAACCAUUAAAAGUAAAUCCCUCUGCAGUCAGCCGUUCUCUUGAUUGCAUCUUAAGUUCUCCAUUUUCCUGUACUAUUAAAUCUUGAUAUAUUAACCAUUUUUCUUUGCCUGCUGACCUAUCCUGAAGGUUGAAAUUCUAAGUACACUUGCUUAUAAGUUCUGCUGGAUACAAUGGUAUUUGCUUCCAAGUACACAUUUCUGAUGCUUUGCAAAACAGAAGACCCUGAAUGUCUGCCACACUGGAGCCCUUACCAUCAUUUGCUUGCUAUCACCAAGGAAAUCCCUCACAUUUCCCUCAUUCAGAGCAUCUGUCACAAAUGACAACUUUGUGUCAACUCAGGCUGCUCAAUCACAGACUGAUGUUGCUAUUGUUUGGGCAAAUGCAUGUUAUGCUAUAAAACAUUACUCUGUUCACAGGAUGGUAUUCCGGGGACCUGUCCUCUCAGCAGCAGUCAAUCUAUGGAAUGCAGCGACCGUAAAUCAAAAACGGAGUCUUUCAAGAGCGGCGUUUCAAGAAU